AUGGCCUCUGGCUCGGCCAGCAGCCCCCGCCCGGCCCCGGAUGAGAAUGAGUUCCCCUUUGGGUGCCCCCCCACCGCCUGCCAGGACCCCCCAGAGCCCGGGCCUGUCGGCUGCGACGUCUGUCUCUCUGAGAACGCGAGGAAUGGUGAGGAUCGGAUCUGUCCCAAAUGCAAAGGGGAAGACACCCCGUCUGAAAGUCCAGGAAGCCUUCUGUCUCAGGAGAAGGAUCGCCCCGAGGUGGCUGAGGCUGGAGUUGGGUGCCCCUUUGCAGGUGUUGGCUGCUCCUUCAAGGGAAGCCCAAAGUUCAUGGAGGAGCAUGAGGUCACCUCCCAGGCUGCCCACCUGAACCUGCUGUUGGGGUUCAUGAAGCAGUGGAAGGCCCAGCUGGGCUCUGGCCUGGGGUACGGGCCCAUAGCCCUGGAACGGAACCUGUCGGACCUGCAGCUGCAGGGGGCCGUGGAGGUGGCCGGGGACCUGGAGGUGGACUGCUACCGGGCCCCCUGCUCCGAGAGCCAGGAGGAGCUGGCCCUGCAGCACUUCACGAAGGAGAAGCUCCUCACGGAGCUGGAAGGGAAGCUGUGCGUGUUCGAGAACAUCGUGGCCGUCCUCAACAAGGAGGUGGAGGCCUCCCACCUGGCCCUGGCCGCCUCCAUCCACCAGAGCCAGCUGGAUCGCGAACACAUCCUGAGCCUGGAACAGAGGGUGCUGGAGUUGCAGCAGACCCUGGCCCAGAAGGACCAGGCCUUGGGCAAGCUGGAGCAGAGCCUGCGCCUGAUGGAGGAGGCCUCCUACGACGGCACCUUCCUGUGGAAGAUCACCAACGUCUCCCGGCGUUGUCAUGAGUCGGCCUGCGGCAGGACCGUCAGCCUCUUCUCCCCAGCUUUCUACACCGCCAAGUAUGGAUACAAGUUGUGCCUGCGGCUCUACCUGAACGGGGAUGGGACGGGGAAGAGGACCCACCUGUCCCUCUUCAUCGUGAUCAUGAGAGGGGAAUACGACGCUCUGCUGUCAUGGCCUUUCAGGAACAAGGUCACCUUCAUGCUGCUGGACCAGAACAACCGUGAGCACGCCAUCGACGCCUUCCGGCCCGACCUGAACUCAGCUUCCUUCCAGCGGCCCCAGAGUGAAACCAAUGUGGCCAGCGGCUGCCCACUCUUCUUCCCCCUCAACAAGCUGCAGUCGCCCAAGCACGCCUACGUGAAGGACGACACCAUGUUCCUCAAGUGCAUCGUGGAGACGAACACUUAG